AUGAAGAAUCGCCAAGCAAACCAAAUCCUGGUCCAGCCAGAUGAAAGAAUUCUCCGUCGGGAAGUUCCAAACGGCGCCAUCUUCGAAAGCAAUCCCAAGCUCAGGGAGCUGAACGUUUUCGAUGCCAGAGACAGCUUCCCCGGCGACGAGAAUGGAUUUGAUCUGUACGUAGUAAAAUGUGUCGACGAGGUUUUCUCUCCCGGCGACGAAAGAAGUGAAGUUCAGAUUCGGGUGGCUCAGCAAAUCCUUGUCCUCGCCGAAGAUCAACUUGCUGCUAACGUUUGCGUCGCUGUUUCUGUCGACGAGGCAGUAAGAGAAGGAGUGGCCGUAAAGAGACUGGAGCUGAGAGGAAAACGAAAGCGUUCCGAGUUUCCUCCGUUUGUCGUGAGAUUAACCGUGAAAGUCUCGACUGCAAAAUCUCCUGUGGGCUUUGGAGGGUCGGGUGGUGAGACUAGGUUGCAUCUUGGGUCGUUGCAAGUUAUGUUCUUGAAGGAAGCAGAGGCUCAAGGCAAGCACUGGAUCCAGUUUAGGUCACUCCCUGUGUCAAGAAUCAAGGAGAAGUGUUUUGGUGGUGAACCAACCAGCACGUCCAUGAAGUACUCGCCUGAACCGAGAGUCAUACCGGACUCAAGAGGAGAAGCCACCGGAGAGAUGAAACUUCACGGUCUUGUUUUCUCCCGUCACUUCCUUGGCGGGUUCGUUCUCCGGCGAAGAGAAACCGCAAUCGUUGCUUGUGGAAGAAGAAACGGAACCGAAGCGCAUCGGAUUCGGAAAGUCAAACCCAGAGAAGCCCGAGAUGUUCUUCUGCUCAUUGUUUCCGGCGAGAGCUCUGGAGUCGCCGGAAAAUGCUGUGACGAAAAAGAAUAUAAGACAAAGAAUGAAACUAUACUUGGACAACAUCAGGAGAUAAGUCUGGGAAAGAAAACGAGAAAUCGCCGGCAAUGAUCAAGCUCGGAAUCGCCGGGAAAGGAAAGUAAGAUGAAAUGAAAAAAGUGCAGACGCAGAAGUUGUAAUUCUAUUGGAUGAAAAUAAAAUAAAAUAAAAACUUUGGGGAGAGUUAUUAAGUUUCGAUUGUAAGGAUUUGAUAAUGAAGCAAUAGAGGAGGAAAUGAGCUAAAGAACAGUAAGGAGGAGAUCUGGUGAAG